AUGCACCUAAUAGCAUUCAUUCUCUGGCGCCUCCGCCACGCAGAAGACACAGGCUACCCAUCCUACCGUGAACAAAGCUUUGCUCUUGAAUACCUACUAUCAUUCGCCUCAAGAUGGGGCGCAAUCCAACACCCCUUCGGCUCAUUCAGUCAAAACAUCUCAAUCUACUUCAACAUCCGCUGGAUGGAUAUCAGCAAAUCGCCCCGCGAGUACAACGACACCGACUUGGGUCUCCAGAUAAAGCGCGAAUCGGGCGAUAUCCCGCAUAUCAACCGGAAGGUUCCUAUGGAUCUGCAUCUUCUCGAGGUCCGGCAUGGGAUCUGCCUUGUUAGUACUAUCCAGCCAUUACCUUUUUAUUCGUUGCUUCUGUUGCAAGAUCGGGAGCCUUGUGCUGUUAGUCCGUUGAGGGAAUAUGUAGCUGUUGAAUUGGCUGAGAGGGCUUCGAGGCUUUUUAAGAUGAGGGGUGGGAAUGUUGGGAGGUUGACUGCGAUUGGGUUUUUCCUUGCUUUUUUGUCGGUGCUUUUGGAGACAAUUGUUAAGAAUUGGGAUGUUUCGCUAGAUAAGCUUGAUGAAACUCUGGUGACGAGUUUGAGUGAGCUCAAACGCAGCAGGAGACAAGAUCUCAUGUUUGACAACGAUCAAUUCUCAAAAUCAGAUCAAUAUUUCACUGCGUUACAGGUGCUUCGCAUUUGCAGUGACUGGAUCAAACAGGUUAAUCAAGGGCUGAAGACCUUACAUAGUCAGAUUGAUAUAUCGAAAGCUAGCCUUGACGAUGAUAGCGACGAUGAUACCAAUGCGCAUACGGCUCAAGAUAAAGAAGACGAAAGGAAGCGGCUACACGAGAUGUGUUCUAUCGUGAUGGCUGAGAACGAAGUGAGGUCUCGGCCACUAUUGGACCGCAUCGAAAGAAAAGUUGAAGAAGUCAAAAGUCUUCGAGAUGGUCUUUUCAAUGCUACCUCUGUUCGAGAAGCCUCGAAAGGAACUAGUCUCGCUGAGAUGAGUGGGCGACAAAACCAGUAUAUUCUCGUCUUUACUAUUGCUACUGUUUUCUAUCUGCCGAUGAGUUUUGUGACGUCCUUCUAUGGAAUGCAUAUAUUCGACCAGAGUGGCGAUUCCUCUAGCUCUCGAGCACCGUUUAUUGCUACCUUUGUGGUACUCUCUUUGGCAACGUACAUUCUGGCAGCUAGCGGUCUUUGGUUUGUCAAAGAUAGAGCAGAGCACAAAUCAAACCGAAGAUGUCAAACCUAUCCUAACGAGAAGGGAAAGAAACAACCGGCAUUGUUUGGCUUGCCGUCUAAGAAAAGAUCCGAUUCAGUGGUCUAA